AUGCCCGCCACUGGAGCACAACUCUCAAGCGUCAGCCAGCUUCAAGAUACUGCAAGAUUGCUAGAGCAGCCUCGGACCACCCGUCGUGCAUCUGAGGUGCAAGCUCCGAAAAGGAUAAUACUAUCAGAGCAACAACUAACCAGUAGUUUGGGACGAGAGAUCUUCCCACCACUCUCGCUUCCAGUCGUGUCAGCGUCUUUAACUGUACUCGAUCUCUCAUUCAACCAACUAGACGACGAUUUCUGGGAGCAUUGGACAACUGACAUACGAGAAACAGCGUGGCCUGCAUUGACAAAAUUGAAUCUGGCCAACAACCUAUUCACAGCGCGAGGGCUUGAAGCUAUUGCAGCUUUUAUUAAACGAUGCACCAGCCUCACAGAGCUCGAUUUAUCGCUCAAUGCAUUGUGCGACCAGACUUCAUCUUCCAACUGCAUUCAUUCACUCAUACAAGUUCUUGAUCAUCAAGACCGGGAACGCUUGCAAGUACUUGACAUGUCUUGCACUGGUUUCACAGACUCGGCUAUCUCACAGCUAGCUCAAGCCAAUUUCGCCAAAUACAUCACCAAGUUGUAUCUCCGCUCGAACGCCUUGACAGACGAAGCAGCCAUUACACUUGGAAAUGUGCUGCCGAGGAUGAAGCUUGAGGUUCUCUCAUUAGCAGGAAAUACGAUUGGAGACUGUGGUGCCACCAGUUUAGCUUUCGUACUGGAUCAGACACCAGCACUGCAUACACUUGACCUUGAGACAAACCAGAUCGAACAAGCUGGAAUAAGUUCAUUCUUACACGCGAUAAACGGAUUGUCGGCUCCUUUUCCACUACGCUAUCUCCAUCUUGGAGGUAAAUAUGAUACUGCACUCGAGCAUCUUCACACGAAGCUGCAUGAGAAAAUUAUCGAAACGCAGCUUACAUUUGGCGAGUCGAAUGCAUCAAUCCUCAACUUUAAUGGAGCAAAGGUCAAGCGCGAUGUCCUGCUGAAGUGCUGUCUAACUGAUCGAUAUGUCCAUAUCGUGACACAAACACUCCGAACGUCACCCAACUGGCAGCAUCUGGAACAACUCAAUUUGAGUGGGAACGAGAUUGGAGAAAGAGGCGCGUACGACGUUGGUUUGUUCCUAGCGUUGCAGCCGCCACUUAAAGCGCUUAAUUUGUCCAACAACGUCAUCACAGACAAAGCAAUUGUUGGUUUAUCCGAAGGUCUUGAGUGGAAUGCGAAGCUUCAGGAGUUGCAACUAGACCACAACCAGAUCACUGGCAAUGGAGCCAAACAACUGUACUUGAAGGCGUUUAAAGCCAACCAGCAGCGUCGAAUUAAUCUUAGCGUCGGGAAUCCACUUACACCCGAGUGUAGGACCAUGCUGGCUGCUAUCUCACAAGCAUAUGAUCUUCGGAAGCGCUUCAUUAACGAGUUUGCAGAUCAAGAAAAGAUCGAUCUAAGUGGACGGGCGUUGCGACAGUAUGGCGCCUCUGCUGUUGUUGAGGAGCUCACAGCAACGACGAGCUCUAAGUGCCGCUCUCUCGAUCUCUCGAAGAACGGUCUUGGUGACGAAGGAGCUCACGCUGCUGCGAUUCUAUUGCGAACGUAUCCGCGUCUCGAGGAGCUCGAUCUAAGCUUUAACGAUAUUGGAAAUGAAGGCGCCUUCGAGCUAGCCGACGCACUUGUAGGAAAUUCCACGUUGCUGUCGUUUUCGCUACAUUCGGUGGUCGACGGGUCCCAGUUGAAGCCGAAACUACAGGAAAAAGGACUGUGUAAACUCGCACAUGCCUUACAAAACCAUAAAACAUUGCAGAAACUGGAUUUGAGGAACAAUUCUACCUCCCCGACCGUGAUUCGAGCUUAUGUGGACAUGUUGCAAGCCAACCAAAGGAUUCAAAAGUUUAACGGGACCAGUUCAGCAGUUUUCUUAUCGAGAUAUGAGACGAGUUGA